AUGGAAGCCGUGGUCAAGUCCUUGCGGCGGCGCGAGGGCGAUGCGGCGUCCGAGACGUACAGUUUGCAAGCCUUGGAGAUGUUCGUGUCCAUAUCUCCAUCCCCGAAGACUCUCACGGUCCACGCGCGGUUCCUCGAGCGGCUGGUGCCAUGCGUCGAUACUCGCGAACCGAUCGCUGCGCCAGUCCCCAUCUCCAAGUCCCCGAGCUUGUGCCUGCAGGGAUUCCAGCUCGCCCUGAAGAACGAAGACUUGCCGUCUCUCCUUCUUGCCAGUCUCCUAGUUCUCAACCUCAACCGCGACAUGGUCACGUUCAAGCAGCCGUUCACGUGGGAAACCAUGCACCUCCAACUCGCCAAGAAGCUGCUUGAUGCGAUGCCCCACACCGACUCGAACUCUCUCAGCCGCUCGCUGGUGUGGCAUCACGUGUGUGAAUGUCUCUCAAGCUUGAACUUUCUCCCGAUCAUCCCCACCCCGACCACCGACACGUCCAUCGACUGGGCAGCCGUCGCCAAGCGCAUGAGUGCCGAAGGUCCGCUGACGCCGUUCCUAGAAAAGGUGGUGCUGGUGUGUCUGCAGGUACAGCUGGACAUGCCCGAACACGUGCAUCUACUUCCGCUGUCCCUUCCAUCUUCGUCGCUGUCCAAGCUCACAUGGGACUCGUGCUACCGCAUCAUUUGGAAGCACGCGAGCGGCCAGUCAUCCCCGUCGAUCGUGUUCCACUUGCGCAAGGAAGGGCUUCGCUGCCUCGUACACGCCAACGCACACUGGUGGGUCCUUGUCCAGCAGAUGUACAAAGCCGUGAUGAUGUAUGAAAAGUACUCGCAAGCAAAGCAGGACGCGCUCUACUGCGACAUGACCCAUCGUAUUUGCGAAUUGCUCCGUCUGUCUCCCACGACCAUACCCACCGAGUCGUGGGUGUCUAUCUUUUUGUGGCUCGAGCACUGGCUGAGCAAUUGCACCAACUUCCGCCUCGUCGAUUCGGUCAUCGCCCUUCUCACGCCCAAGUGCCCGUAUCCGGAUCUUCUGGAGCUCUUUGCCAUCCAAUCCACACGCAAAUGGACCCCCCACGAGGUCGACUUUUCCAGUCCGUUGCCGUCGCAUUUGGUCCCCCUGGCCCUUCGAAACGCCAAAAAAGUCAUUGAAUUAUGUCCUACCCUCAGUCGUUUGUACGACCAACUAUACCAAUGGUCAUGCCAGUUGGACCAACCUCGACCCCAGCAACUGUUGUACCUCCGCCUACUCAUUCGAACAUAUCAAGAUGAUCCAUCGGGGGCUUUAUUCCAUUUACGAAGAGCCGUAGCAUACGCUUCUGUCCCUGGGUUUAACGACAUGGCAGACCGAGAUUGGUACUACAUGGCUGGGAAAUGGUUGAAAAAGGAGCUGUUUUCGGCCGUAAUCGACUGGUGCAGUGUGCUACUUCCGUUCUUUCCCAAAUGUUACCUUCUAUUGGGUCUAAGUUAUCAACAUCUGGCCAAAUGGGAUCUUGCGGUGGACGCGAUGGCCGCCGGCGCCCUGCUCCAGCACGUUCCCGUGGAGAAAUACCUGCAAAUUCUAUACAAAGUUGCUCCAGAAGUCGGGUGCAGCUCGCUCAAGUCUGUGCCGCCCUUGUAUUCGAAAAUGGCGCCAUUGCUGGCCAAUCAAGUGGAGCAUGUGUGGCUCGUACAGUGUCGCAGGCAAACUGGCUCAAAAUGCACCAUGUUACAGUAUGGGCUUUCGCUGUGGAAGGUCGUGGACCCUACCAGUGUUCGCCGGCGGCGGGUGGAAACUCUGGCAACGUAUAUCGUCGACGGAAACCCCCGAAACUUUAUCGACUCGUACCAUACAUUGCUUCAAGACGGGGGGUGUUACCAGUGGGUAUUGCACAUGGAGCUGCAGCUAGUAGCUCGGUACGCCAGCCUCCCCGUAUCGCAUUUCGAUCCUGUGGAGGCGCUGCAUUUAAUUUGGACAAACCGUCCAGACGAAGAAUCUGCGACAGUGUUGCAACCGGGUGCGACGCUGCUCGGGCUCGCCGACCUCUACACUGUCCAAUAUGAACAAGAAGAAAGCGAGAUCAAGGCGGCGGCGUCUACUGCGUUGGAUCGAGGCGAUUACGCUGUCGCAGAAACCAAAUAUAAGCACCUUUCCAAGCUAGCCUAUCAACGCGCGUAUGCGAUGGGGUUACAUCAGGCUAUCGUGGCUCCCUCAAAUGAGCACCCACCGUCCAAAAUGUACCUGCAACUGGUGCAUAACCACGAAUUCGGUGCGUUUGCUGCCGUCGUGACCAGUUUAACGCACCUCGCGACCGUGUACUUGGCCACAUCCCGCACCAAGGCUUGUUUGUACCUCGAGUACCUGCAAUCACUAGUGUCCAAGCUCGAUAUGCUGCCAAUGAGUCGACAAGUAGCGGCUUUAACGGUGGAAUUUGAGGUGCGCCAGGGCCAGCUAGCCGCCGCCGACGCCAAACUCACACAAAUACGAGCAAUUCCCGUAAACGAGGUGUAUCAGCUCAAGCAGAGCUGCGUCGAGGAUAUUCUGCAGGGGGACAUCCAUACACUGGCCAAGACGAUAUCUCUGGCCACUCACUCGUACAAAAAAGCCAAAGCCAAGAGCGUGCCCAUGUACCCCCAGUUCCAGGAUAUUCUAGCGCAAGUGUACCGUAAACUGGCACUGAGUAUGCCAGAUCCGGUGCUCGCGAGCCAAAAAGCAGCUAAAUUGAGCCUCACACCGGUGGAAUCUCGGCUGGCGCUGCAGACUUUGAGCCAUGCAUUGAGACUCAAACACUCCCGAGAAGGAAUUUCUCAGAGCUUGCACUCGCUGCAAGAAGCGUACGGAUUGUACCGCGAGACCCGGCGGAGUGUGUACACUGGCGACUUUUACAAGACAUAUAUCGACACGAUUUUGGCCAGUUUACAGUACAUUGCAGACCCAGAAAUGCAUACACAGCUGCAGUGGCGGAUGAGUUGGCUGCUCUCGGGCGUGGCUAGUACUACUACUAGUACUAGUACUAGUGCAGACAUUGGCCAAGACACGGCGGCGUACCAGGCAAUGUGGAAAUCGCAGCCGAUUCCACCCAAUUGGAACGUCCUCGUGCUCCAUAAACACAACGCGACCUCCCUGCUCGUACAUCGGAUUCAGAACAAUGGAGGAUGUCCUGUGACGGUGGUGCUGCCAGAGUUUGCCGUGGAUAAAUUCACCAAGGCCUUGACUUUGCUCGUUGAACGCUCCAAGGAAACUCUAUCGGGGCAUACCGCGGAAGAGGCGGCAGCGUGGUCAUCUACCCAGAAAAAGCACUGGUGGAAGCAACGCGUACAUUUGGACGCACAGCUCCAGCUCCUGGUCGACAAGGCUCUGACGCACCUGUCGUUCUAUCGGUGUCUGCUGGUUCCUCGUCCAAAUCCACUGCCUGGAGAUGUCCAAGUGUCGGCGGCGGCGAUAUUUACCCGCCAUCCGACUCUACCUCCGAUGCACAAGGAGCUUAUAUCUUCGCUUUUGUAUACUUAUGCCCAUAAUUGGCUCAGCCUAGACUUGGUCAAGGAAGGGCUGGUGUUUUGCGGGGUCGUGCCGUACUCGCCGCUGCUGCUGCCACGUCAUGCAACGACCAACACUCUUGUGCCAGGACUAACGCUCUUGUCGACGAAUUUGGCUGGGUUUCCCUGGGAAGGGCUGUUCCCGCCGGCCUUUCCCGUGUCCAGACUCUUGUCGUUUGCACCCCUUUUUGUCACACCCACUACUAGUAUAUCGAGGCAACGCGUGCAUUAUAUGGUGAAUCCGGGCGGGGAUUUGGUGCACACGGCGCAGUUUCUGGACCCUUUUUUGUCACGCGGGCGAACCGAGUGGCUUUGGAGUACAUGCGAUAACGUGUGCGACACCGUUUCUUGUUUGGGCCAAGCCGAUGUGUUUCUGUACUGCGGCCACGGAUCCGGGGAACGAUAUAUUAGCAGGGAAUUGGUGGGCAAGUUAGCCGCGUGUCCAGUAGCGCUGCUCAUGGGGUGCAGUAGCGCCAAGCUGACCAAUGCUGGUCUGUACCAACCCGAAGGAAUGGUAGCCAGCUAUGUCCGAGCCAAAAGCCCCGCGGUCGUGGGGAUGCUGUGGGAUGUGACCGAUCGAGAUUUAGACAGAUUGAGUCUGGCGUUGCUGACCAAGUGGUUCGAUACUGGUCUAUCGCUUGCGGAAGCGCUUACAUAUGCCAGACACGAGUGCAAGUUGCCCUGUUUGAAUGGACUCGCGGCCGUCUGCUACGGCUUGCCAGUGUUUGUGAACCAAAUAUAACGAUAGAGAUUUACUAGUACCGUUAACAUAAUUUCAUAGAAAUCCAUCAACACC